AUGUUCUUGCCUGUCUCAUUUCGAUCUUUCCUAUUCGGAGUUCUCUUCUCGGCCCUAGCGCUUUUCGUGUUGCCAUCUAUACUCAAGCAAGAAUAUAAAAGCAUCGGUUCCAACAUGGCAGUUAAUAACAGCACCAGGAACACAGCAAUUUCCAUAUUGGCAAAUAUGAGCCUCAAGUCUCUUAUCUUCCGCCCACGCACUGCCGCGUUAAAUUCGAAACCGAUCCAAACGGCUUCGAGACAUCUCACUUCAACGGCCGUCACCAAAUCCGCAAAACCUUUCAUGGAUGCCGUCAGAUCACGUAGGACAAUCUACGCGCUGAACAAGACUGCUCCGAUCUCAGACUCUCAAAUCCAGACCAUAGUCAAAGAAGCGCUUCUCAACACUCCAAGCUCAUUCAACUCUCAAACAACGCGCUUAGUUCUCCUGCUGAGGGAGGAGCACGACAAAUUCUGGGAUCUUACCAAGGAGUCGCUGAAACCGCUCAUCUCUGCAGAGCAGUUUGAGCAGACAUCAAAGAAGCUCGACGGCUUCAAGGCUGGCUACGGCACCAUCCUGUUCUACGAAGAUCAACCCACCAUUCACAGUUUGGAAGAGCGAUUUGCAACAUAUGCAGACAAGUUCCAGCAAUGGUCUGAGCACACAAGCGCUAUGCAUCAAUUUGUGAUCUGGACUGCGCUUGAGGCUGAAGGGUUUGGAGCUAAUUUGCAACACUAUAACCCGGUAGUUGACGUGAAGGCUCAGAAGCAGUGGAAUCUGCCGGAGCAUUGGAGCUUGAAGGCACAACUUGUGUUUGGUGGACGAGAAGGAGAGCCGAACGUGAAAGAAUUCAAGCCUGUUGAAGAAAGGUUUAGGGUAUUUUCAAGUUAA